AUGUCCCUCCAUCCACGCCAGUCGCUGCAUGCCGCAGCUAUGGGCCAUAAUGCCGCCCUGCCCAACCAACAACACUCGGUUACCGAGCAGAUCAUGCAGCUCGACCAGGCCAUCACACUCACACUACAAGAGAUCGAUCAGAAUUUUGCUACUGCCCACCAGAUCGUCACAUCACGCAUCCUUCCAGCCGUCAAGGAGUACGGCGUCGCGAGUGCGCGUGUCUGGCAAGGCGCUAAAUUCUGGAAGACGUUCUACGAGGUCUCGGCUAACGUUUCGCUCACAGCACAUGUUCAGACCGAAUCCGAAUUCGAUGCCAACUCGCAACAGGACGAUGCUACUCAGACCGGCAACGACUCGCGUGAGAACGCCACCUUCACCAGCGACCAUCUUGGACGUAGCCCGCCCUCAGAGGCAGGCUCUGUCAUCUAUACCGAUAUGGACGCUUCGAUCGCUUCCAACAGUAUGGAUGCCGAUGGGCUUGACGCAGCAAACGAGAGUGUCGAGCAGGCACCAGCGGAUCGUGCGCGUGCUGCAUCACCGCCCCGCUUCAGCAACGCAUCCAUGGCAGCAGCUGCACGAAGGGAAGCGGCGCGAGGCAAGCAACAAAAGCCAGGAAAUCGCGAGGAUCAAGGAAACAUCUUUGACCCAUCCGAAUCACCGUUCGAGCGAUUGCGUCGCGACAUUACUUCGCAUCUUGGACGAGGUAUGGUUGAUCCAAGCAUGGAUCAGAGCUCCUUCUUGGCAUCCUCGAAAGCGGGAGCAAAGGGCGCGUUUGGCAACCUAGAGACGGAGCGAGACCGUGCAGCUUUGGCUCAGGGCAUCGAGAAGUUUGGAUCUACGCAUGCCGCACGAGGCGGACGUCAGGGAGACCCAGACAGUUCCAACAUCUCAUCACUCCAUGAGAUUCCCCAAUUCAAAGCUUCGUCGAAGGCAUCAGCUGGUCGCAUGAAGACAUCGUCUACACCCAAGAAGGAUGCUCUACUCAACAAAGUGCUCGACUCGGAGCACAAGCGCAACAAGGGUCGUCUGAGCUACACCAAGAUUCAGGCCACACCACGAAGCUCACAGUCCAAGUCGAAUCCUUUCGCUCCACCCAACGUGCGCAUGUGGGAUGGUAUUGUCGAUCUGCGCAAGACUCCGCUCACCUCCAAGAUCAAGGGUGCCAAAUCCAGCAAGGCUGCGUCCGUAAGUAAGCAGGCGUCAUCAAAGGCGGAGGACGACGAAAAUUGCGACUCGGACUCGUCAGACAAGGAGGACUCGCUUGGAUGGCCGGCUGGCAUGUCGCCACCCGUGACGAUGCAGUUCUCGGUGCCUCAGAGUCGAUAUGCGCAAACACCUGCAAAGGAGGCGGCCAAGAUGAUGGUCGAUGACCUACUUCGAAGUGUUGGCGCAUCUAGCCCAGCAUCAAGAGUGUGGCCCAAGAGCUCGUCCAAGUCGAGGGCUGGCGAAGCACAAGCGGCACAUGGAGCAAGCUCUCGCAAGCAACCUGUAGCCACACCGCUGCGAAUGGACCGCAAGGAACUCAAGCAGCGCGAGAAGCAAAGCGGUGGCGGAGGACGGCGACGAGACUCGAUCCCGACACCACCAACGCUCACAAAACGUGGUCCCAGUCUCGCAAGGGAAGCUACACCGAGCGCAAGCCAGCCUGGAGGCUCGUCUGCUAACGCCAGCUCGGCUGCGCUAUUGAUGGACGCUGACGAAGGACUCGAGCUCAACGAAGCAGAUGCCAUCUCAGCUGCUGACGUCCACCAACGCUUUGGCGGGUUGAAUCUCAAGGCGGUCGCCCCACUUCCGCUAGAUGAUGAUGACGACGAUGAUGAUGAUGAUGACGACGAUGACGAUGACGAGUCGUCAGAGAGCGAAUCGGAUGACGGUGGAGACAGCAUUGCUGGUUCGAUGCUCUCCUCAGCAGCCAAGUACUCGGUCUCGAGCAACAGUCGAUCGGGGAACAACAGCCAACCGGACAACUCGGGCUGGACGAGCUCGACCAUCUCGUCGUUCAAUCAACCCAAGCAGGCUGGUCGCAGCAUCGAAGACGACACGCUGUUUGGUGUACGAGCUCCUGCCGAGCCUCGUACGGCUGCAGCUGGAAGGGGCACUCGUGGCACCUCUUCGAGCAGCGCUGUUCCUGCUCGAUCAACAGCUGCUGCCACUGGUGACGCAAGGGGCGAUGACUCGUUCAAGGUGUGGGGCCACGUCGAUGAGAUGGGCACCGUUCAUGGCGGAAGACCUCUAGUUGAUCGUGAUGACACCUACAGCGCCCCUAGCCCGACGCCUCUGAACAUGAACCUUGGGCCCGCUCGCAGAUGA